CAUAUAUCAGUGGCUCUAAAGAAGUCAUCAUUGUCAAUGGAUUCCAGUGAGAGUGACUCUGAGGAGUUGCCAACAUUUACUUUUCUAAAGAAGAAACCAUCUUCAACAAAAAGGCUGCAGCCUCAGAGGGAGGAAAUUGUAGUGGUUGACACCUCAGAUUCUGAGACUUCCUGUCGUCCAUCACCAAGGUUGAAAGGUCAACCACCUAUCCUUCAUGCAGCUGAAACCGUCACACAAACAGAGCCAGUCAGGGUGCUAAGCAGUGGAAGUGAGGUUGAGGAGGAAAUUAUUCCCCUGGCUGAGAGGCUUACAUGUAAGUUUUUGUCCCACAAGCAGCUGAGCCCUGAGGACUCUAGCUCCCCAAUUAAAAGUGUUUUGGAUCAUGAAAGUAAUGAAGGAGGAUCACGUGACUGGAAAAAACAGCCCUUUCCAAAGAUCCCUGAUGUUCCCUUCCAUGUCACCUCUGAAAGGUGUGCAUCAAAUAACAAGGACUCUGUGGUAGACAGUCCAUGCCCCCAGCUUCCAGCCCACCACACCACCUGUCCCAUCCAGAGCAACAGCCUGACAGUAACCAGAACAAACGUGGUCUCCCCGCCUCAGAAGAGAACCAGGCGCAGUCAGAAGGUCCAGAGGAAAGGUUCCCAGGGAUGCCAGCCACGGGGACAAGCAAGCCAGAGGGAAAGCACCCUGAGACAACAGGAAAGGAAGAAGAAGGCCGCACUGGUUACCAGACUGAAAGCUCUCAGGCCAGAGGAAUGCUUGAGGCACAUUGUGGUGGUGCUGGAUCCAGGGCUUUUACAAAUGGCAGGUGGGGGCCAGCUCCUUGGGGCACUGCAGUCCAUGGGGUGCUGCUGUGGGAUUGAGGCCCAGGCUGUGCCUGGCAGCAUCACCUGGAGGAGAAAGUCUGGGCCCACUGAGCCAAGCCCAGCCAGAAGACAUGCUGACCUUGUGAUGUGGUUUGUAGAGGUCUCCCUCCUCUGGCAGAGAGCAGAAUGGGGAAAAGUGGAGAAUGGGUCUGUGGGGCGGAGGGAAGAAUCAGCACAGCAUUACUGGUUUUAACUGUGCUUUGGGAAUGGGCAGCUUAGAUGUGAAUCCCAGCCUCAUGGCUUUAUUGCUGUGACCAUGGGCAAAUCAUUUCAUUUCUUUGUGCCUCAUAUGUACAAUGAGGACACUGUUACAACCCUUUUCAGUUCUCCUGCUGUGGGGACAGAAUGAUACAAUCACUGAGCACACAGUAGGCACGCAGUAAAUGUUCCUUCCCUGAACGGCUGUGCAGUGA